AUGCUGGCCAUGGACAACGAGAGGUUGAUGAAGCGCAUCCUGCUUGUCGGUCCGAGGCCGUCGCGGGAGGUAGCCCGUUUGUAUGCCGCGAAGUGCACGGAAUCAAGCGACAGCGAGAGACUGCUCGAGAUCCUGGCCAAGAGAGGGUGGACCCCCGCCCCGUCGGACUCGAACGGCGGCGACGGUGACUCAAACGGCGGCGGCAACCACCGCGAGGGCGGCGUCCGCGAUCGCGAUAGCAACGAGGACGACUGCACCGCCGCCUUCGCGUCCUUCUUCGACGGCCGCGACGACAACCGAGGAGGGCAGUGCGAAGACUUGCCCCUCCACGAGGCAAUCAUCACUGAAGACGUCCGGUUCGUGGUGGAGCUCCUGGAGGUGGUGGAAGACCCCAACGCGCUGGACAGAUCUGGGUGGACUCCGCUCCACGUGGCGACCCGCUUUGACGUCGCCAUGGUGGAGGCGCUCAUUGACGCCGGGGCUAACGUGGGCCUCAGGCGCCCCCGGUGCGGCUCGACGGCUCUCCACAUGUCGGCGAUGAACGGUCGCGUCGAAGUCACCGAGGCUUUGCUAGCAACUGCUGUAUCGAGCAACGGCGAUAACAGUGCUUGCGGCUCUGCUACUGCUGCUCGAGUGGCGCCAUACAGCAGCGUGACAGGCGGCGGCGCGGCCUCAGCACCAAACGCAACCACCGCCGACGGGAAGUUCGGCCGCCGGUCGUCAAUGGUGGACGCGAAGGACUGCGGAGGGAAGUGCCCGCUCCAUUUCGCCGCCAUCAACGGCGCCAGCACCGGAGUCGUGGAAGCCCUAAUACGGGCCGGCGCCGACGUGAACAGCCGAGACGAGGCCGACCGCACCCCGCUGAUCUACGCGGCGACGGCGAGUACCACCGGCGCCGUCAAAACGGGAGUCGUCAAGGCCCUGCUCGAGGCCGGCGCCUCGCCCGACCUGAAGGACUCGAACGGGGAAGCUGCCCUCCACAAGGCCGUACUGAUGCCGGCCGGGGGUGUCCUGGCGGCUCUCCUCGACGGGGGAGCUUCGCCCGGAUCGGGCGGGGAGAAGGGCUGGACGCCGCUCCACGUGGCGUGCGAGUACAACAUGUGCGGCACGGUGGCGGCUUUGCUCAGCGCCGGUGCUGUGCCCGGCCACUGCUGGAACGAAUAUCUGCGACCCCCGCUGACGGUGGCGUGCAUGUCCGGGAGGCUGGGCGCCGUGGAGCUGCUGCUGCCGAGGCUGUCGCCGAGGCAGAUCAACAUGCGUGACCGAGUGAGCGGCGUGGACGACGGCGGAGUGACACCCCUGGUGGCCGCCGUGUGGUACGCCUGCGAGGAAGAAGAGGAGGACGAAGCCCUUAGGAUUGUCGAGGCGGUGAGACUUUUCUGGCAGCAAUAG